CUGGCAGCUUUCAGCCGUGCCCCCAUUCCGAUGGCCGUGGUCCGCAGAGAGCUCUCCUGUGAGAGCUACCCCAUAGAGCUCCGCUGUCCAGGGACAGACGUCAUCAUGAUUGAAAGUGCCAACUAUGGGAGGACUGAUGACAAAAUUUGUGACUCGGACCCCGCUCAGAUGGAGAAUAUCCGAUGUUAUCUGCCAGAUGCCUAUAAGAUUAUGUCUCAAAGAUGCAAUAACAGAACCCAGUGUGCAGUGGUGGCAGGUCCUGAUGUUUUUCCAGACCCGUGUCCAGGAACCUAUAAAUACCUUGAAGUACAGUAUGAAUGUGUCCCUUACAUUUUUCUUUGUCCUGGACUACUAAAAGGAGUAUACCAGAGUGAACAUUUGUUUGAGUCCGACCACCAAUCUGGGGCAUGGUGCAAAGAUCCUCUACAGGCUUCUGACAAGAUUUACUAUAUGCCCUGGACCCCCUACAGGACGGAUACCCUGACUGAGUAUUCCUCCAAGGAUGACUUCAUUGCUGGAAGGCCAACUACCACCUACAAGCUCCCUCACAGGGUGGACGGCACGGGAUUUGUAGUGUAUGACGGAGCUUUGUUCUUCAACAAAGAGCGCACCAGGAACAUAGUGAAGUUUGAUUUGCGGACUAGGAUAAAGAGUGGAGAAGCUAUCAUAGCAAAUGCUAAUUACCACGACACCUCCCCUUACCGAUGGGGAGGCAAAUCUGACAUAGACCUGGCAGUGGAUGAGAAUGGGCUAUGGGUAAUCUAUGCAACAGAACAAAACAAUGGUAAAAUUGUCAUUAGUCAAUUGAACCCUUACACUCUACGGAUCGAAGGGACAUGGGAUACUGCGUAUGAUAAAAGGUCAGCUUCCAAUGCGUUUAUGAUUUGUGGGAUUCUGUAUGUGGUCAAAUCUGUAUAUGAGGAUGAUGACAAUGAGGCCACUGGGAAUAAGAUUGACUACAUUUACAAUACAGACCAAAGCAAGGAUAGUUUGGUGGAUGUACCCUUUCCAAAUUCAUACCAGUACAUUGCAGCUGUGGAUUACAACCCCAGGGACAACCUACUUUAUGUGUGGAAUAACUAUCACGUCGUGAAAUAUUCUUUGGACUUUGGACCUCUGGAUAGUAGAUCAGGGCAGGCACAUCAUGGACAAGUUUCAUACAUUUCUCCACCAAUUCACCUUGACUCUGAGCUAGAGAGACCCUCUGUUAGAGAAAUCUCUACCACAGGACCUCUUGGCAUGGGAAGCACGGCCACCAGUACCACCCUCCGGACCACAGCGUGGAGCCCAGGCAGGAGUACGACCCCCUCAGUGUCAGGAAGAAGAAACCGGAGCACCAGCACCCCGUCCCCAGCCGUCGAGGUACUUGACGACAUGACCACCCACCUUCCGUCAGCAUCGUCCCAAGCCCCAGGGCUCGAAGAGAGCUGUGAGGCUGUGGAAGCCCGAGAAAUCAUGUGGUUUAAGACCCGUCAAGGACAGAUAGCAAAGCAGCCGUGCCCUGCAGGAACUAUUGGUGUAUCAACUUAUCUAUGCCUUGCUCCUGAUGGAAUCUGGGAUCCCCAAGGACCAGAUCUCAGCAACUGUUCUUCUCCUUGGGUCAAUCACAUAACGCAGAAGUUGAAAUCUGGAGAGACAGCUGCCAACAUUGCUAGAGAGCUGGCUGAACAGACAAGAAACCAUUUGAAUGCAGGGGACAUCACUUACUCUGUGCGGGCCAUGGAUCAGCUGGUAGGCCUCCUGGACGUCCAGCUCCGGAACCUGACCCCAGGAGGAAAAGAUAGUGCUGCCCGCAGUUUGAACAAGCUUCAGAAAAGAGAGCGCUCUUGCAGAGCCUAUGUCCAGGCAAUGGUCGAGACAGUUAACAACCUCCUCCAGCCGCAAGCUCUGAAUGCAUGGAGAGACCUGACUGCAAGUGAUCAACUACGUGCAGCCACCAUGUUGCUUGAUACUGUGGAGGAAAGUGCUUUUGUGCUGGCUGACAACCUUUUGAAGACUGACAUUGUCAGGGAGAACACAGACAAUAUUAAAUUGGAAGUUGCAAGGCUAAGCACGGAAGGAAACUUAGAAGACCUAAAAUUUCCAGAAAACAUGGGCCAUGGAAGCACUAUCCAGCUUUCUGCAAAUACUUUAAAGCAAAAUGGCCGAAAUGGAGAAAUCAGAGUGGCCUUUGUCCUAUAUGACAAUUUGGGUCCUUAUUUGUCCACGGAGAAUGCUAGUAUGAAGUUGGGAACAGAAGCUAUGUCCACAAAUCAUUCUGUUAUCGUCAAUUCCCCCGUGAUUACAGCAGCAAUAAAUAAAGAGUUCAGUAAUAAGGUGUAUUUGGCUGAUCCUGUGGUGUUUACUGUUAAACAUAUCAAGCAGUCAGAGGAAAAUUUCAACCCUAACUGUUCAUUUUGGAGCUAUUCCAAGCGCACAAUGACGGGUUACUGGUCAACGCAAGGCUGUCGGCUCCUGACAACAAACAAGACACAUACUACAUGCUCUUGUAACCAUCUAACAAAUUUUGCAGUGCUGAUGGCACAUGUGGAAGUUAAGCACAGUGAUGCGGUCCAUGACCUUCUUCUGGAUGUGAUCACGUGGGUUGGAAUUUUGCUGUCCCUUGUUUGUCUCCUGAUUUGCAUCUUCACAUUUUGCUUUUUCCGCGGGCUCCAGAGUGACCGUAACACCAUCCACAAGAACCUCUGCAUCAGCCUGUUUGUAGCAGAGCUGCUCUUCCUGAUUGGGAUCAACCGAACUGACCAACCCAUUGCCUGUGCUGUUUUUGCUGCCCUCUUACAUUUCUUCUUCUUGGCUGCCUUCACCUGGAUGUUCCUGGAGGGAGUGCAGCUCUAUAUCAUGCUGGUGGAAGUUUUUGAGAGUGAACAUUCACGUAGGAAAUACUUUUAUCUGGUCGGUUAUGGGAUGCCUGCACUCAUUGUGGCUGUGUCGGCUGCAGUAGACUACAGGAGUUAUGGAACAGAUAAAGUAUGUUGGCUCCGACUUGACACCUACUUCAUUUGGAGUUUUAUAGGACCAGCGACCUUGAUAAUUAUGCUUAAUGUAAUCUUCCUUGGGAUUGCUUUGUAUAAAAUGUUUCAUCAUACUGCCAUACUGAAACCUGAAUCAGGCUGUCUUGAUAAUAUCAAGUCAUGGGUUAUAGGUGCAAUAGCUCUUCUCUGCCUGUUAGGACUGACCUGGGCCUUUGGACUCAUGUAUAUUAAUGAAAGCACAGUCAUCAUGGCGUAUCUCUUCACCAUUUUCAAUUCUCUACAGGGAAUGUUUAUAUUCAUUUUCCAUUGUGUCCUACAGAAGAAGGUACGAAAAGAGUAUGGGAAAUGCCUUCGAACACAUUGCUGUAGUGGCAAAAGUACAGAGAGUUCCAUUGGUUCAGGGAAAACAUCUGGUUCCCGAACUCCUGGGCGCUACUCUACAGGUUCACAGAGCCGAAUCCGUAGAAUGUGGAAUGACACGGUCCGAAAGCAGUCAGAGUCUUCCUUUAUUACUGGAGAUAUAAACAGUUCAGCGUCACUCAACAGAGAGGGGCUUCUGAACAAUGCCAGGGAUACAAGUGUCAUGGAUACUCUACCACUGAAUGGUAACCAUGGCAAUAGUUACAGCAUUGCCAGCAGCGAAUACCUGAGCAACUGUGUGCAAAUCAUAGACCGUGGCUAUAACCAUAAUGAGACCGCGCUAGAGAAAAAGAUUCUGAAGGAACUCACUUCCAACUAUAUCCCUUCUUACCUGAACAACCACGAGCGUUCCAGCGAACAGAACCGGAAUCUGAUGAACAAGCUGGUGAAUAACCUCGGCAGUGGGAGUGAAGAUGACGCCAUUGUCCUGGAUGACGCCACCUCCUUUAACCAUGAGGAGAGUCUGGGCCUGGAACUCAUUCAUGAGGAAUCGGAUGCUCCUUUGCUGCCCCCCAGAGUUUACUCCACAGAGAACCACCAGCCACAUCAUUAUACCAGAAGGCGGAUCCCCCAAGACCACAGUGAGAGCUUUUUCCCUUUGCUAACCAACGAGCACACAGAAGAUCUCCAGUCACCCCACAGGGACUCUCUGUAUACCAGCAUGCCGGCACUGGCUGGUGUGGCCGCCACAGAGAGUGUUACCACCAGCACCCAGACCGAACCCCCACCGGCCAAAUGUGGUGAUGCCGAAGAUGUUUACUACAAAAGCAUGCCAAACCUAGGCUCCAGAAACCACAUCCAUCAGCUGCACACUUACUACCAGCUAGGGCGUGGCAGCAGUGAUGGAUUUAUAGUUCCUCCAAACAAAGAUGGGACCCCUCCGGAGGGAAGUUCAAAAGGACCUGCUCAUUUGGUCACUAGUCUAUAGAAGAUGACACAAAAAUUGAAACCAACAAAACCGCUAACACCUUGUUGACAUAAGCAGUGGUAAUAAUGUGUGUACUCCUAAAUCUUUAUGCUGUGCUCAAAAGACAAACACAAACUCUCAGACUUUUUUUUUUUUUUUAAUGGGAUUUUUAGGUCAGCCCAGGGGAGAAAGAUAACUGCUGAAAGUCCCCUGUGCCCCAUCCUUUCCUGUCCUUUCCCCCUGAGAUGGAGACUUCAUUAUGUUAAUGAACGAGAUAUGAAGAAAAUGGCACUCAUUGUGGCCUUGUUGAAUUAUGUUGUGUUUGUUUUAACAUCUCUGAUGCUCUGUUACUAUAAUUACAAGGACCUGCUUUUUAAAAGGCCAAAACAAUUGUUUGAAUUUAGUAACAAUGCUGCAUCUAGAUUGGAGUGCUGCACAAGCAAACAUAAAAGCAAAGCAAAACUGUAUCACAUAGUGGUUUUCUGUCACUUACAACCUGAAUUCACUACAGCUGGAAUAGCUGUGGAAAACAAAACAACAAAAUUAAUAAUGAAAUGGAGGGGAAUUCCAGAAUUAUAUGCUAAAUGCAUAUUUUAUGAUUUGCUGUAUUAACUGAUGAUAAAACUAAUGGCAGAAAAAAAUUGAACAAUUUCUAUGUAAUGUACAGAUACUAGCAUUGCACAUAUAGUCUGCUUUCUGUUCCUCCAGAAUUUGAGUCCUGUUAAUGUAGUGGAAAAAAAAAGUUGUUUUCUUUUUCUUUUGUGCUGGUCUUGCAAGUUUGUCUACCAGUAAGAGAGCAAACUUACCUUCCUUUCUUCUUUCUUUUCUUUUUUCCUUAUCUCUCUCUCUUUUUUCUUUCUUUUUUGGCCUCUUUUUUUCCUUUAAAGUUUUGCCUGGCAAAAAAUAAAUAAAUAAAUAAGCAAAACUAUCACUUUAUAAGAAUCAUUUUCUAGUAAUGCAAACAAAUUAUUUUUUACAAAAAAUAAAAUAAAUAAAAUUAGACUUCCUUCCCUCACUAUAUAUCUUUAUUUAGUCAGAAUAUUUCCAACAGCAUUUUUACAAAUUAGAGCAGGACAAAACUUUUAUGUUUACAGGGCACCCCUGUUGUACUGCAAGGCAUAUUUGGCAAGCAGUUCAUCACCAAGACAGUAGCUAAGAUUCUAGAAGUCAAGAGGUGUCUAGAACUAGUGGGGCUUCUGCAUGUGAAAAACGGUAUUCCAUAGGCAUUAAAGUGCUGAAUGCUCGGUCUGAUCCCCAAGUGGGCACCCGCACUACCAAUUUUUAGAGGAAAUUCACUCCCUCAUAGUAAGAAUUGAAAGGUCAAAUUAUUUUGAAGUGAUUUUUUUUUUAAAAGUCUUCUUUUUAUUAACAGGAAAACUUAUUUAUUUGACAGGAUUUUAAGUAAUGUAGGAGUACAAGAGGUAAAUUAGCAGCACAUAUAAUUUUUUUUAAAUUUAUGAUCCAUUUUGUAUGGUCUCAAAGUUGGAUGACCUCAUUACUAAUAUUUGUUGUAAAAGUGAAACUUGUUUGCCAACCAAUAAACAACUGAUUGAGAUUUAGAAUA